AGGAAAAAAGUCGUAUGCUAAUCUAUGGUAAUAGAGAUGACUUCAAGCCAAAAGAAUGCAGUCUUUUUUUAGAAUCUAAAUUCGCAUAUUUUUAUGGGAAAAGAAACAUUACAUUUACCAAGAUCUCUGUAAGUGGAAGUUACGGUUGCUUCCUUCGGGGAACCAGAUUCUUCGGUAAGAGCUUGAGCUAUUGGCUAAGGCAGAAAGCUAUCACUCAUCAACCAAUGAAAUCACAAGAAAGCGACAACAGCCGGCCUUGUUAUUGUUUCCAUGAAUGACUCACGUGUAUAUCUGACAAAUUAUUGUCACUAGCGAUGACGAGUGCUAACGUACCCGACAGGAAUCUUUUCGCGGGCUACCCACGUGCUUGCCGACUCAGUUCACCUGUAUAAACCAACCUCGCGGACCAUAUCUUCAAAAUCAGGAGCAGCCACCCCAAGAUGCUUUCAACUGUAAAAGGCAAAUUGUCGUGAGGAGCGGUUUGGCCGAUCGUGAUUCAAUCGUACAAAUCGAAAACACGAACGCGCUAACGAGGAAACUUGAAAUGGCUUUCUGUGUGAAACGGAGGAAUUCUACUAUUCAAUUCGCAAUCUUUGGCCGGGUUUUCCUUACGCGCGGCAAGAUUUGAAAAAUUUAGAAAUAUGUUGACCGCCAGAGUGUUUUUCUUUGCUCUGUUGGGGAGUGUCGUACAAAGAGGGAAGCUUGCGAAAGCAGAUGAAAUUCCUUGGGCAUUGCGUUUCUUGGAAGAGCCAGCGGAUACACAAUUUGCGCACACUCGGUCAGCAAUACUGAAUUGUAAAGUGGAAGACAGACCGAAGGCUACGAUCACAUGGCAAAUUGCACGCACAGGUUACCCAAUAAACAAAAACAUCACAGGAGUACGACACAUCUUGCCGAACGGAUCCUUGUACUUUCCCGCCUUCGCCGUAGACAAAUUUACAGCAUCAGUACACAACACUGACUAUCAAUGUAAUGCAACAAACAGUGUUGGAACGUUAAUCAGCCGCAUAGCUAAGCUACGGGCAGUAAUAACCCAACCAUUCAAGGUGUAUGCACAAGACAACUUCGUUAUUCGCGGAAAUACAGCCGUUAUGAAAAGCGUGAUCCCAGAGCACGUACGUGAUUAUGUGCGUGUUCUGUCAUGGCAUAUUAAACGUGACGUGAUCACGCUUGGAGGCAAAUAUUCUUUGAUGCCAUCUGGGGAUUUAAUCAUUACCAACGUGGACGAAAGUGAAGCAAAGGACAAGACCUAUUACUAUACAGCAGUGAAUGUUCUGACAGGAGAGAAGCAUUAUAGCAACCCAGCUAAAAUAUUUUUAAAAGACCAACAAGAAACUCCUCCCAGGGUACUGACCAAACCCUUCAACAUUACGAUACAGGAGGGAGACACAAGUAAGUUACAGUGCGUGGCGGAAGGAUUCCCGAUACCUGCAGUGGAGGACUACAGCUGGAGGAAGGAUGGGGUCGUCAUUCAGAUGGGACACCGCUUUUCAAGAUUUGCCGGUGGAAGCCUGAAGAUUAAGCCCACGCAGUUUCAAGAUCAAGGGUUGUAUGAGUGCACUGUAAAAAACUCCAAAGGGAACAACACCUUGUAUGUGUAUCUUACUGUGCUUGUUCCCCUCAAGUAUCUUGUUCGCCCUCAAAGAAAGGUUGCGCCAGUGUUAUCUUCAAAUACGGGCACCAAAAUGGAAUGUGACGUCACUGGACAACCAAAACCUAACAUCACGUGGCUUCAGAAUGGCAAAAUAUUUCCCGGCGAUGAGCGAAUCACAGUUGAGCCGAAAAAACUCGUUUUCGCUGUGAUGUACAGCAAGGAUGUUGGUGUGUACCAGUGCAUCGCGGACAACGGUCUGGAAUUAGUACAGAGCAGCGCUGUGCUUAUUACUGGGGAACGCAAUCCAUCAAUCAGAACAAGUGCCGAUCGAGUUGUUCUAAAUCGAGGAGAAAAGCUCCAUAUAUGGUGCAAGGCCUUCAGUCAAUCCAGGCCGGUAGUCACGUGGUACCUUGAUAAUGUGAAGUUACACGAAGAGGACGGAUAUUCUAUGAGGCAAGAACUGGAGGUUGGGGGAACUAACGGAGAUGAAGGCACAAAGAGCACCCUAAGGGCAGACAGAUUGGACGUGAGAAGGACUGGUGAAUACAGAUGUGAGGCUUGCAAUACCGGCAACUGUACAGCAAAUGUUAUUGAGGUCUUUAUUGACGGUACAACAAACAUCACUUCAUUACCACCCGUUGUCAACGCAACCGUUGGUCACUCUCUUCAGCUGCCGUGUGUAGCGAAAGGUUACCCAGUCCCUACCGUCACGUGGUCCAAAGACGGCGUUCGCAUUCCGUUUGACCAUCUGCAGUCAGUGUCAAGUGACAAUACAUUUCACAUCUCUAAGGUUCAAAAAGAAGACGCAGGUCGGUACAAGUGCACAGCGGUCAACAGGAAUAAUAUCGGAGACGAGGGUUUUGUGGAUGUUACUGUUUUUGAACUUCCAAAUCCAAAAGUAGCGUUCUUACACGAGUGGUUGGAAGGACAAAGUGGUACCCUAUCAUGUUCAUCCAUCAUACAUGAUGGGUCAUUAAAUCUUCGCUGGCAGAAAGACGGAAAAGACGUUGUUGCCGUGGCCGACACUAUUAGUAUAAAUUAUUUAAUCAAUUUGGGCAUGAGCUUUUUGCAAUUAAAACGUCUAACUGCGGCGGACUCAGGCGAAUAUAAGUGCGUGGCGAGUAACAUAGCUGGGACAGCAAGCGUGUCUCAAGAAAUGGUCGUAUAUGUGCCACCAUCCAUCCCUCAGCAAAAUCCAAUCACUCAACAAAUCCUCAAAACUUACACAACUUACUUGACAUGCGUGACAUCCGGGACACCUCCUCCGCGCAUUGAUUGGUACAAGUUUGAGUCAGUUGGCGGCAAAUUCGUCCCAGUCCAGAUGGAAAACCCUCGUUUUCGGAAAAUGUUGAAUGGAACUUUGGUCAUAAGGGACGUGAGGGGCGACGACGACGGAACGUAUUCCUGUGCGGCGUACAAUGCAGUCUUUGAUGACAGGCCUAGCAGUCAAGUGCGACUAAUAGUUCAUGCAGUGCCAGCCACUGUUGUUACUGCGCCUGCAAAUACAGCGGCCAAGGUCUCCGAUGACGUCAAGAUAACGUGUGUGGCAGUAGGGAACUUACCGAUUCAGUUAGCUUGGUUUAAUGGUAGCAGGAAAAUGCGUAACAACUCCAGAGUUACAAUAAAAAGUUCCGUGGAAAAAGAAUAUUACCGAGUUAACGGUUCGCUUCAUAUCCAGAAGCUGUUGCUUCAGGAUACCAAACAGUAUUCAUGCAUAGUCACAAACGAGUUUGGAAGUGACACCAAGCCGUUUCAAAUCACAGUUCAACAGGAACCAUCUCCUCCCUCAAUGCCAGUCGUCAAGGAAACGGAAGCAACAUCCAUAUACUUGACUUGGAGCCCAGGCUUCGAUGGGAACGCACCGAUCAUUCAGUACAUAGUGGAGUUUAAACUGCGCACGAGAGGCUGGGACGAGAGUAAAAGGAGAGUAGCAAGACAGUCUAAUGGUCUCCAAGUUGACGGACUGCGGCCAGCUUCUGAGUACGAACUUCGGGUGUACGCUGAAAAUAAACUGGGAAAAAGUGAUGCGAGCCAUUAUACAACUCGCAAGACCCUUGAAGCGGCUCCAUCACAGGCACCAAAGCUUAAGAAUGUCACUGCUGUUUCAUCCAAAGAGAUUUACGUUGCGUGGGAGCCUCCUCCUGUUUCCAGCAGAAAUGGUGUGCUCCGAGGUUACUUUGUUCUGUACAGAGAGGACAAUAAGUUUUAUCGAGGCAAAAACUUAACUGUGAGGGGUGGGGAAAGAAGGAAUUACCUUAUCAGAAAUCUUAAACCUUAUAAGAUAUACAUCAUAGAGAUUCAGGCAUUUACCCGAGCGGGAGUGAGUCCGAGAAGGAAAGAGACGAAAAAAGUUCAAACACAUGAGGAUGUCCCCAGUCAGCCUCCUCAGUCAGUCAUGAUCAGAGUUCUUAGCUCGCAAAGCAUGGAGGUUAAGUGGAAAGAACCACCCAAGAACACUAUAAACGGGCAGUUACGUGGUCACCGAGUGUACUACUACAGCACAAAGAACCCAAAGCAAGUGUUCGACAGAACUGUGACCAGACCCAAUGGAUUGAAUGGACAGUGGAACGUCACUCUAACACGAUUGCACAAGUUUACAACAUACAAGAUCCAAGUGGCGGCGUUUACUCGCAUAGGGACUGGUAUCAAGAGCCUUCCACGAACUGGAACGACGCUAGAAGAUAUCCCAGGACCUCCAAGUAAUGUUCAGGCCAUCCCAGUUUUCAAGCAAACAAUCCGUGUACUCUGGGAUCCCCCGUUGGAACCUAAUGGCAUCAUAAGAGAGUAUCGACUCUAUUACAGAAAGAGUAUCGCAGACUUUCUUCUUACUGACCCCACUGAACAUGUGUUAAGUGGAAAUAUGACGUCAAAAUAUCUACCUCAGUUAGAGUCUGAAACCGAGUAUAGUUUUUGGGUGAAAGCAAGCACUUCCAUCGGAGUUGGAGGCAAUUCAACGGUAGUCAGGCAAAUGACACAAGAAUCAAUUCCAGCCAACAUCUUUUACGACAAUUUACCUGUGACCCUUGCGACUAGAUCAACAUCCGCCAUCUUGGAAUGCGAAGCUUAUGGUUACCCUAAGCCCUCGGUGAUGUGGUACAGCAGUGGUCGUGAGCUUACAGACACUACGAAAUACCGUCUGCUGACAAACGGCUCUUUAGAGAUCAUAAGCGUCAGAGAAGCUGACGCUGGGGAUUAUGAGUGCACGGCAAGUAACAAACUGGGAAUAAAAACAGUCAUCAGGAAGCUCAAAGUGAAAACAACGCCAUCACCACCGAAAGUGAUAGAAUUCAAAAUUCUCAUAAAUAGUACCGCUCUGAACAUCACCUGGCGCGGAUGGAAUGAUGGGAACAGCCUCGUAACUAUGUUCAUCCUUGAAUAUAAAGCUAAGAGCGAAAAGUGGGAAGCUCAGUUCAUCAGUAACAUUAACUACUACCUGUUGUACAAUGUGGAUUUCAACAAAGUUUACUACUUUAGGAUCUCUGCGCUAAACGCAGUAGGACAAGGGACACCAAGUGCAGUGCGUAAGGUUGUAUUUAGGGAUGGAAACACCCUCAUUGUCACCCUGGAGGAAGCGGGAAACACCGAAGUACCGACCAAUAAAAGAACUAAGUUUUAUCGGAAUCCAGUGUUCUUUGGAGUGUUGAUCGGUGUCGGAGCUCUCAUAGUCGUCGUUAUCGUGUGUCUAUUGCUGGUCGGCUUCAGAGGAGGACGCAUUGAACUCGACAAAUUUCACGAUUGGAGGAAAUACUGGAAAGGGAAAAUAUUUCGUGAGCAACUUCCGGUCGACCAAGAGGAUUACGAUCAAAGGCGAAGCAAUCCUGAGCAGUCAGAAGGUAGUCCUGCAAGUAAUGGUAACAUGGCAGAUUCUUCUUCUUCCUUAGACCCAAUGCGGUCCACACACGGCUCUGAGAUCAGUCUCCCAACCAACACGCUCCGCAAUCAUUUUGCUCAGGAGACCAUAAUGGAAGAGGACUACCCACCCCCUCCUCCUCCCUAUCACUCAGGGACACCAGGACAGGCCCCACCAAAUGAAGGCAGCUUUAGUGACACUUCUUCAGAAGGAAACUUUAAUAAUCCAGUUUACCACCGACCCAUUCUCCAUGACACCGAUUCAGCUGCUCGCGCGCGACGUUUUGCCGAUGCAAGCGAUCAUGGCAUGUAUCCCACUUUCUUCACCACGCAGAGAUCGCUGAACGGAACGCCAGGAAUCGGGGUCUUAGGAUUCCGCGGGCAUGCCGACGGAGGGUCUGAACUAGAUACCACCAGCAUAUCACGGACAGUGGAAUCUAAUAUUGACCUGCGACAUUCAGCAGGGGCGAGUAGACUGAGCAAAAGCAAAAGCCGCGGACAAAGCCAGGAACUAGUUCAUCCAGUCUACUCUCAAAGCCCGGCAUCCGGGGCUCCAAGAUCACGUGACUCGGGCCUAGGCCCAUCACGGAAUGAACUUCGCCGAACGAGCCUUAAUUCUAAACGUAGUUCUAGCCAAGUGACACCUGUAUUGCGGCCGAUGCCAACGCCUCAGCGGCGGGAGUCUGGGUCAUCAAAGGAGCUCAGCCCUUACCACAGGGGUUACGACAGAACCUUGGGAUCUCGUGAUCCUCGUGCUUACGAUUCGGCUUCUUCAGAGUACAGCUCGUCACGUGACGAACUUAUAUCCGCACUAGAAUUUGGAAAAAGACAUAAUCUUGACCAGUAUUAUGGAAUACCAACUUUGGAAACUACGUCUGUAUCUUCAACUACAACGAACAGUAGCGAUCAGGACGGAAUUUGCAAGUUUACAGCCAGUCCCAGACCUUUAGGGGACGGCUGUUAUGCACCCACUCCAGUUCACGCUCCUCCGUUUCACUCAAGAUCAAAAUCGCGCGGAAAUGAGAACUACAUUUAUGUCCUCGAUCCACGACGGCGCGGCGCUGAACGAAGUACUGCUGCUCAGCCUAAUGGUUCGAUGGUUUGACGAAGGUUUGAUGUCGGUAAGGAAGCCGUCGUCAGUUUUUGAUUGUUUUUGGUUUCAAAAUGGCGCCUAUAAGUUGAAUGAAUUGUGGCGUCCAGAUUAAAAGAUACCCCAGAUUUUGGAUCAACAAUUUCAUACAAAGAAAAAAAUUAACUUUCUCUUAAGCUUGGCUGAUAAAAAAUAUGAAAAUUGCCGACAUUUAGUCACGUAGUGUAACAUAGUAGGGCCCUCGAGUGGGGCUGACAGCGAAAAAAUUAAGAAUAAAAAAUAGGUUAUCAAGGAAUGUUAGUUUCAAAGAACGUAUCGGAAAUCACAACUGGAAUCGAACUGAAAAGUUUUGAUCAGCGGUCUCCUGACUAUUCUAAAAUCGCUAUUUUUCCCUCUCAUUGAAAUUCUCAGAACAGACUUAGAUAGCAAAAUCGAACCGAAGAUGAAUUUAAUAGAAAACAGAAAUUAAAACAUGGAUUUCAAAUUAAGGAAAAUAUUCAAAACAACAACAAAAGAAUCAAUGUACAGAAAUCUAAUAUAAUUCACGUGAUAAACAUUCACAGUAGUAUUGUAAAUAUGUAAGUUCACAGUAAAGAUAGCUAUGCAAAGUAUGAAGGUCUAAUAAAAGUGAAACGAGUUACAAAAGAAAUA